CGCUAUUUCUGACGAUAUGGCAUAUGCUGUUUUCCACGGCGACGACGCAAAUAAUAGCCCGAUUCACCAAGACGCUCGACUCUCGGAACAUAUACUGAGAUUGAAAAAUAAACUAGUACCAAGCUAACCUAUGGCUUCCAAUCUUUCUUCAAACAAUUGUUGCAACAAUUUUUCCAGGCCUCUUCCUACCUGACCGCGUGGUGCUUAAGAAGGUCAAGCCAGGCUGGCUUGAGGAAUUCGAGAACGAGAAGCAUAUCUACGAAAGACUCCAAAGUCUUCAAGGCCGCGUGAUCCCCCAUUUUUUUUUGGCGAGGCACAAUUUGAAGGAACCCGCGCGCUCAUUCUCUCCGAGGUCGUCGGUAUUAUGCCGUGGGAGCAGAAGUUGCCGCCUAUUCAGGCCGACGAGUUCAAGGAGCUUGUCGAAGUCGCGUUCCAGGAGCUUAACGCAUUAGGCCUCGCUUGUGACGAUAUAAAACUGGAUAAUUUGAUUCUCGUACAAGGCCGAGUUGUGCUAGUGGACUUAGAGUCGGUCUAUGAAGUUCCACUGGAACACAGGGAGUAUGUGUUCAACUCCGACAGGAUACAACUUAUGGUUGUAUAUAAGAGAUAUUUGGAUAAUUGCUACGAG